CCCCUCUUUAUAACUACUCUGUCCCGGGCUGCAGCCAUCCAGAGCUGCUGAGAUUUAACACUUCAGCACCUGCUGCCACUGGCGGAAGAAGCCACAAGGCUUCUGUUUUUUUCUCCAUCCUUGGUACCACAUAUCACCGCAACCGUGUCUCGCCAGCGAGCCACCAGGAUGUCCAAGGUCGCCAAAUACCGGCGCCAAGUUAGUGAAGAUCCAGAUAUAGAUAGUUUGUUGUCUACUCUGUCUCCGGAGGAGAUGGAAGAGCUGGAGAAAGAGCUGGACGUGGUGGAUCCAGACGGAAGCAUCCCUCUGGAGCUCAAGCAGAACAGCCAAACAGAAAAGCACCCGACCGGCCCGCACAACUGCGACGCAACGCUCAAUCACUGCGAAAAGGAGACCAAGAAGAUCAUUCAGAGGGAUGUCUCGAUAGACGAAAGCAGAUCGACAGAGAAGAAUAAGGAAGCCAAGAAAGGAGAAGAAAAGGGAAAGGAAGCUCCCUCCAAAGACCUGGCCCAGAAACGAAAUACAGAAGCAGGGAAAGACUCUAAAAAGGAAGAAAGUGUCAAGAAAACAGACCCAAAAGUUAAAGCUGAGCCUGAGAGAAAACCCAAAGAGGAGAAAGCCAUCAAUGACAAAGUGAAGGCCAUGGAGAAAAAACUGAUGGGGAAGGACAGAAAGGAAGAAGAGAAGGGUUCAGUGUUAAAGAAGGAUGCAGGGAAGGAUAAAAAGGAGGAAGAGAAGGGUUCAGCAUUAAAGAAGGGGUUAGGGAAGGACAAAAAGGAGGAAGAGAAGGCUUCAAUAUUGAAGAAGGACACAUGGAAAGACAAAAAGGAAGAGGAGAAGGCUUCAGCAUUAAAGAAGGAUGCAGGGAAGGACAAAAAGGAGGAAGAGAAGGGUUCAGCAUUGAAGAAGGACAUAGGGAAGGACAAGAAGGAAGAGGAGAAGGCUUCAGCAUUAAAGAAGGAUGCAGGGAAGGAUAAAAAGGAAGAAGAGAAGAGUGUGGGAUCAAAGAAAGAUGCAGGAAAAGAUAUAAAAGGAGAAGACAAGAAAGAAAAGGAUAGAAAAGAAGAAGAAAAGAAUUCAGCUUUGAAGAAAUCAAAGGCCGGUGGAAAGGAUAAAUCCCAGCCAGAGCCAGAAAAGGCAGCGGAGGAGAAGGCCGCUCCAGAACAGGAAGCUGAGACGACCGCAGCGAGCGAGAGCAGUGCCUCCAAGCCCACCGUCAGCCCCCCAGGACAGGCCAAGGAUGAUGAGGCCGCCAGCAUUUUUGAUGAGCUCAUCGAGAAAGUGAAGAACAAUGACACUGAGGUCACGGAAGUGAAUGUGAACAACUCGGACUGCAUCAACAACGAGACCCUGGUGCGCUUCACCGAGGCCCUGGAGUUCAACACCGUGGUCAAAGUGUUUGCGCUGGCCAACACCCGCGCUGACGACCACGUGGCCUUUGCCAUCGCCAUCAUGCUGAAAGCCAACAAGGUGCUGACGAGCAUCAACCUGGACUCGAACCACAUCACCGGCAAGGGCAUCCUGGCCAUUUUCCGGGCACUGCUGCAGAACAACACACUGACGGAGUUGCGUUUCCACAACCAGCGGCACAUCUGCGGGGGGAAGACGGAGAUGGAGAUUGCCAAGCUCCUGAAGGAAAACACUACCCUCCUGAAGCUGGGCUACCAUUUUGAGCUGGCUGGGCCUCGCAUGACAGUCACCAACCUGCUAAGCCGAAAUAUGGACAAACAGAGGCAGAAACGGCUCCAGGAGCAGAAGCUGGCACAGGAACGUGCAGAGAAGAAAGACCUCCUGGAGGUGCCCAAGCCCGGAGCCCUGCCAAAGGGAUCCCCCAAGCCUUCUCCACAGCCGUCCCCCAAGUCUUCCCCCAAAAGCUCUCUGAAGAAAGGGGGAGUGCCUGCUGCACCACCUCCACCUCCUCCUCCCCUCGCCCCACCACUGAUCAACGAGAACCUGAGAAACUCGCUAUCGCCGGCCACGCAGAGGAAGCUGGCAGACCGGGCACUGCCAGCCCUGGAGAAGAACUCACGGGACCAGCUUCUGGCGGCCAUCCGCUCCAGCAACGUCAAACAGCUCAAGAAGGUGGAGGUGCCAAAGCUGCUGCAGUAGGGAGGGGGACGGCUCUCCCACGCGCAGCCCGGUGUGGCAGACCCCCAGGACACUCGCCUUUCUCGUGACCGUUUCCAUGACAAGCCCUUUGGGACCCUGCAGUGGCCGAUGCCGAAGAGCAGCGAUCUCGCUGGGACUGACGGAGGAGGGACCGGGCCCGAGGAGGGCCAGCACGGUCAUCUGACGCAGCGUGUGAGGAAGAUGUUGUAUUUAUUAUUUUUAUGUUUGUGAAGCCCUAAAGCUCUUUCUUUUGCCAGCA